CCAAGCCAGGUCUGAGGUGGUGGGGGUAUGCUCGGUUGGGUAGAGUUGCCCAUUUCUGGGCAGUCACCUAUAACAGGAUGCUGGAACCAAUAAAACCCAAUAGCGCCUGCAUCAGCUAAUAGAACGAAACCACCAAAAAUGCCAGAAACUUCGAAUAUACUCCAGUAACAUAUUGAAACAUGAAAGGCAGAAUGGGUGGGAGUCACAGACGUGGUGUGCGAAUCCUCUUAAUAGGGGAUGCAGGAGUAGGCAAAACCUCUCUCAUACUCUCCCUAGUUUCUGAGGAGUUUCCUGAACAAGUUCCUCCACGAGCAGAAGAGAUAACAAUUCCCCCAGAUGUAACACCAGAGAAAGUCCCUACACACAUUGUGGAUUACUCAGAACGGGAACAAAGUGUCGAUCAAUUACGUGCCGAGAUCAAUCGCUCCGAUGUGAUAUGUGUGGUGUACAGUGUUGAGGAUGAGGACACAUUGGAUAGGGUAACUGGUCAUUGGCUUCCCCUCAUCAGAUCAACUCUAGGCCAACAUCAUCAUAUACCGGUCAUCCUAGUUGGCAAUAAAGUUGACCUUGUAGAUUAUUCAACCAUGGAAAUUGUAUUGCAGACUAUGAUGGAGUAUCCAGAAAUUGAAACAUGCGUUGAAUGUUCAGCAAGGACGCUCAAGAACAUUUCUGAAAUGUUUUACUAUGCUCAGAAAGCAGUACUUCAUCCUACAGCUCCUUUAUAUAUUUUAGAAGAAAGAGAUCUGACAGAAAAAUGCAAGAAAGCAUUAAUAAGAAUUUUUAAGAUUUGUGACACUGACAACGAUGGCCUCCUUAAUGACCAAGAGCUCAACACUUUCCAACGGCGGUGCUUCAAUGCUCCUCUUAACCCUCAGGCCUUGGAAGAACUGAAGACAGUUGUGCAAAGGAAUGUGUCGGAUGGGGUUCAUGCUGAUUCCCUUACGUUACGGGGCUUCCUCUUUCUCCAUCGACUAUUUAUUCAGCGUGGGCGUCACGAGACAACAUGGACCGUUUUAAGAAAAUUUGGUUAUAAUGAUAAUCUUCAGCUUUCCAAGGACUACCUAUUUCCCAUCCUUCGUGUACCACCUGGCUGCAGCACAGAGCUUAAUCAUGCUGGCUACUCCUUCCUCACGUGUCUAUUCGAAAAAUAUGAUCGUGACAAGGAUAAUGCACUUAGCCCACAAGAACUCAUAGAUCUCUUUUCCACCUGUCCUGUUAUGCCCUGGGGUCCAGAUGUCCUCAAUUCAGUUCACACAAAUGAAAAGGGGUGGAUCACAUUGCAAGGCUAUUUAGCUCAGUGGACUCUCUGGACUUUACUAGAUGUUCAGAGAACAUUAGAGUACUUUGCAUAUCUUGGAUAUUGUGGAUCCGGUGAUGACAAUCAGCUUUCUGCUAUCACAGUUACCCGAGAGAAACGAAUUGACCUGCAAAAGAAGCAAACAAUGCGGAAUGUAUACCAGUGUCAUGUUAUUGGGCCUCGUGAUGCUGGAAAGACAACCUUCUGUCAAGGGCUUCUUAGCAGAACUUUAGAGGAGGUGCAAGAUAUUGCCGCAGACAGAUUGUCCCGACACACCAUCAGCACGUUACAAGUUUAUGGCCAAGAAAAAUAUUUGGUUUUGCAUGAUAUAGAUGUCCACAACAUAACUGAUGCCCUCAUGCCCAAUGAAGUCCAGUGCGAUGUAGCCUGCUUAGUGUAUGAUGUUUCGAAUCCUAAGUCGUUUGAAUAUGUUGCUAGAAUAUAUUUGAAAUACUUUAGUGAAACAUCUAUCCCAGUAUUGUUUGUUGCCAAUAAGAAUGAUAUGUCUGCCGCCCGUCAAGAUUAUAUACAUCAACCAGUCUCCUUUUGUCACAAACACAAGAUUCCACCACCACACACAUUUUCUUCUGCAGUCCAGCCUAAAAAAGACAUCUACACCAAGUUGGCAACAAUGGCUGCGUAUCCUCGAUUUCAAGCUGCUUGGAUGCUCUUUUACCGAAGCAGCACUCUCCGUCGUUUAGUGCACAUGCUUCUGUUGCGGCCAGACACAUCUUAUAUGACAAGGCACCUGAAGCAGCUGGGUGUGGUUGUUGGUGAACAUAGUACCUGGCUGAAGGUGGGCUUGGGUGUAGCUGCCAUUGCUGCCUUUGCCCUCCUCCUGGCCCGAGCCUUGCGCUCCACAGAUAGAUAGUUAUUCAAAACUGUGUCAUUAGGCCCUUGCUUCCUGCUCUAGGAACUGGGUCACAUUAAGUGGAUUGGGACACAUUACCAUCUCAGAGAUGUGUGUUGUUUGGCAUAUUCUAGAUGCUACUUCAAACAAAUCCUGUAAUAUAAGUGUUGGGUGCAAGAAGUCAUUUCAGUUUGUAAGAUAAUUAAAAAAAAGGAAUAAUUUAAAAAAUUUAUUUGCAAUGUUUCAGGCCAUGUUCAUUGUUUAGUUUUUAGGGAUUGUAUUCAUGGAAGUUAUUAUAAUGGGGAUUAUUAUAUAACAGCUGUAAAACAUGGAAUAUUUCCCUAAAUCAUGGUAGGUACCAUGUUUUUCAUGGUUAUUUUUUUAACAAAUUGUUAUAGUACAGUACAUACAGUACUUAAAAUUUUGGGAAUACAAAUUUACCGUAAAAUGGAGGUAGGUGCUACAGCUAUAUAUUUCUUGAACAUUUGUAUUCAUAAAUAUGUUUUAGAAUUCAAUAUCCAUGCUAGGUCAUCAUGGUUUUAUUUUAACAAUUUUGAUUUUCAACUUAGGAAUACGUGUACUCAGUCUACAAAAAUUAUUUUGAUGUCUUGAGUUUUAGCUAGCUGGGUUUAUACCAUAUAGUGUAAUUUACUUGUAAUUAGUUCAUUAGAAUUUAAUAUUAAUUUACCUUUCCAUUCUUUGUUCACAAAAAAUCUGAUCCUAUUAUGAAAGUGACAAUGCUUUGUUGAGACUAUGGUUCUGACUGUCACAGUUCAUGCUCAGCCAAAAUAGGAAUAUGAUAAGUUAAAUUUUGGUAAUAAUGCCAGUGUAGUGUAUACUGUACCUUCAUUGCUCAAGAAAAUGCACAUUAUAUUUGGUUUUUACAUUAGCUGUUCAUUGAUUGCCAAAUACAUCACAGCAAUAUAAAUAGGUGAACAAGAUAAAUAUUUU